AUGUCUUCAACUCUGCUCCAGUCUGCACCCAUUGCCAUGAUGCGGGAUUCCCUAGGAGCAUUCAGAACCUUCACUCUCCUGACUGUCGGGCUUCUCCUGAGUCUCUGCGUGAUCAAGACAGUGAAGCAUCGACGGCGGUAUCAUGGAUUACCAACGCCUCCGCAUAAUAUGUUGCUGGGGAAUCUGGGGGUCGUGCUAGCCGAGAUUCUGGCAUCGCCUGAGGGGUUUUUCCAUCUAUUCUGUGUUGAGAACAUCCGACGUAAGUACAACAUGCCCUCGGUCUUCUAUCUUGACCUUUGGCCGAUCCUACCCUCGAUCAUGGUCGUCGCCGAACCGGCCGUCGCCAAGCACAUGACGCAAGUACAGCCCCUGCAACGCGAGCGAUUUUCGCCAAAUCUGUUCAGUCCGCUAUUGACUGCCGAAUUUAUCCUGGCCAUGGAACAGAAGAAUUGGAAGAAGGAGAACCCGGCCCUGAAUGCGGCCCUCACAUCGACACGCGUGAACGAAGCCACGUCCUUGCUGUUCCCCAGCCUGCAUUCGUUACGCUCCCGCCUACACUCAAUAUCCCAAAGUGGGAAGCAGUAUCCUAUCAAAGACCUGUUGAUUUCGUAUAUCAUUGAGGUCGGCGGCGUCAUCCAGCUAGGCGGGUCCUUUGAUCUCCUGGCCGAGACAAGCGCCUUGGACCCCAUUAUUAAGCGGUCGUUGGAUAUGAUGGGAUGGAAUCCCGUCAAGCGAUAUAUCUGCUCGAAGGAAAUAAAACAGCGCACAGACUGUCUCAACAGGGUUCUUGUUGCAACUGUCCAAAACACAGCGCAAACAGGGGAAUCUGGCAUGAUGAGCCAAUCACCGAUCUAUUUGGCCCAUGUGGAACAAUUGGCAAGCGGUCGAAUGGAUCAUGCAGAAUCGAUCGCCUAUCUGGUUAACACAAUGAAGGUGAUCAUUUUGGCUUCGGUUGUCACAGCAGGGGCGGCCUCGUACUGUUACCUGUUCCUGCAUAAGCAUCCCGACUGCUUGCGGGAGAUGCGGGAAGAACAUGAUCGUGUGUUUUCCCCCGACAGAACCCAGACAUGGGAGCUGUUGCAGAAGGAGCCACACCGGAUCAAUUCAUUACAUUUUACCCUGGCCGUCGUCAAGGAAACCCUGCGCCUGAUUGGUGUUGGUGGGGUGUUUAAGAAACUGAAAGCUGAGGAGUUCCUCGAGACCGAAGGCAGCGUAUAUCCGGUGGUGUGCAACGUGGCUUUUAUCUGUCACUUGGCCAUGGGUCGUCGUGCAGACCUGUUCCCUGAUCCCGAUGCCUUUCGGCCUCAUCGCUUCCUCCCUGGGGCUAACCCCCCCAUUCCUGCUGACUCAUUUCGUCCUUUUGAGAAAGGCCAACUGAGUUGCCCGGGGCAAAAUCUGGCUUUAAAAUCGCUGGUUUUGCUGCUCUUAACCACUAGCCGCGAGUUUGACUUGGUUCCUGUGUUUUCUAAAGGUGCCCCCCGAGCGGCAGAAUACCUGGGUGGCGAAGGGUAUCCUGAGUUCCACAUUGGGCCUCAUGUGAAUAAAGGAAUGCCCGUGAUGGUUCACACCAGGGUCGACGCAUGA